AUGGGCAGUAAUCUAACGGAAGACGGCACAGGCGGCUUACUAAUAACCCCGGGUGCAGAAGGGGUCCUUGAUCUAAGAAUUCUCGAGCCCCUUCCUAUUGACAAAGAACGAGCAGGUCAAACUUGGGAUCAGAUGCCCACAGAAGGAAACUUCUCUAAAGGCUCUAUGAUUGAGCAGGAGAUGAAAAUAGACCAUCUGAUAGGUCUCUCACGACUCCUAUUCCACGUACGGAAGAUGCUCCCUAACCUUAUAAUCAUGUUUCUAAGCAGCUGGCUCCGCUCAGACGCUCUUUAA